UGGGGGGGGGAGGCCGGUGCUGGGGGGUGCCUUCCAAAACUGGCCACCCACCAGCAUUGGCAACUGCGAAGCUGCCCCCGCACCGCGCUGCUGAAAUUCCCAGCUGUUGCAUGUUCACACACACAGCUAGAGUUGCAAAAGUUAACAUCCCUCGUUCCAGUAGUUAACAUCCCUCGUUCCAGUAGUUAACAUCCCUCGUUCCUGUAGUUAACAUCCCUCGUUCCCGGUCACAGCAAGCCUUUGCUCUUCUAGGGUAAAGUCCGAUCACUCCCAGCUUCUGGUACUUUAUAAAGAAGAGAUUAGGCCUGUGGGGUCACUAGCUGCACCAAGCUGACCUUGCAUAGUGCUCUGCAACACUAAAAGGGUAAAUGAAAUCUAGGUGUCUCUUAGCUGUCACUUAACUUUUGGUUUCCUCAUAGUUUUUCCCCCGUUUGUUUUUUCAGGCUCCUUGCUGUGGUAAGUUUUACGUUUGCCGUCUGUGUCAUGACAGCAAAGAAGAUCAUCAGAUGGAUCGUUUUAAAGUAAAACAAGUGCAGUGUGCAAAGUGCAAAAGCAUCCAGCAGGCUCAACAGAGUUGUGAGGAUUGUAGCAAUAUAUUUGGAGAAUAUUACUGCAAUACAUGCCACCUGUUUGAUAAAGACAAGAAGCAGUACCACUGUGAGAAGUGUGGAAUUUGUAGGAUUGGUCCAAAAGAAGACUUUUUCCAUUGUUCAAAAUGUAACUUAUGUCUUGCUUUGAGUCUUCAAGGAAAUCAUAAGUGUAUUGAAAAUGUCUCCAGGCAGAAUUGUCCAAUAUGUUUGGAGGACAUUCACACCUCACGUGUCGGAGCCCAUGUUCUGCCAUGUGGACACCUUCUUCACAGAAAUUGUUAUGAAGACAUGUUAAAAGAAGGUUACCGGUGCCCCUUGUGCAUGCACUCUGCUUUAGAUAUGAGCAGGUACUGGCGACAAUUGGAUGAUGAAGUGGCACAAACACCGAUGCCCACAGAAUAUCAGAACAUGAUGGUGGAGAUCCUUUGCAAUGACUGCAGCACCCGGUCCACAGUCCAGUUCCAUAUCUUAGGCAUGAAGUGUACAAGCUGUGAGUCCUACAACACCGCUCAGGAUGGAGGAUGCAGGGUGCCUCUGGAGCAGCAGUGACUGACACACACAUCAUGUGCUACUGGACAAAAAAAAACCCACCCUUGUUUGAUACGGCUGCUAACAAAGCCAGGCUCACCACAGUGUCUCUUAGUACCAAUGGGUUCUCCAUUAAUGUAUCACAAAAUCCUAAUUCCUGGUGCUGUAUUCAUGCACCCCAGGGGAUUGUCGCUCUGCUGUUAGCAUGUCCUACAAUUCCCUCUCUGCAGUGGUUGUGAAGUGCAGAGCUGUGUCCGAGUGCCUGUGACGUCUCACUCCUGCUUUCCACAGUGAUGCUCCCUAGAGAGCAUUCUUGUUGGGUGAUCUUCCCCUUCGGGGGUGCUGUGCAUCACACACAAGAUUUGUCCUUGAGAACUGCAAGGCUUCGAGGACAGCUCAGCUGUCUCUUCUACUGGGCUGUAUAUAGACAUAUUUCUAAUAAGCCGAUUUAUAAGCAGUAGCUGUCAGAACUGAACUGAUUCUACAACAGCUGAAGGCUUUGGCCAGAUUCCUUGGAGGCUGCACCUUUCAGGAAGAGAGGGUAGCAAGGCUAGGCAGAUACCUAUUCUGCACAGAAAUCCAUGGGGACAGUCAGUAGCUUGCUGUGCUGUUUUAGGGAAAGCUGAAGUCUUCAGUCUUUUUGGUGAAUAGAUUCUGUGUUUAAGUGACACACGUUUGUAGGUGGAUGAAGUCUGGGAAAGGGAGGUGGUGAUAUAUGGAAGAGGUGGAUAAGUCAUUUAUCUUCAUCUACAACUCUGGCACACAAACUGCACAAAGCAAAAAAGUGCAGGGUUAUUAAUUUAAAGGCUACCGUGUGUCAAAUCAGUGGUAUAUAUUCAUGUGAAUAUAGAACACUUUUUCUCCACCUCCUCAUUCCUUUCACCUGUUACAACUGGCCGCUGAUUUCUCUUCCAAUCUGAAGGCCCGGAUGCUGUGAAAUUGUACCAGCCUGCUUCCUAGUUCAGAUAUGCCAGUGUUUAUCAACUUCAGUGAGUCAAUUCAGGCGUAUGAAGCUAGGCACGUGCAUUUGUUUUUUCAGGAGUGAGGCCGCAAAAGCUAAUGCUAUUGUUGGCGGCUGUGCAAAAAAAUCUCUCCUUUUUGGGACACUCGGGUGGUUUAGUCCAGUCUUUACUUUGGUGGUAUGUUUUGUAAAUUCUAGUUUCCUGAAAACAUAUUGUUAAAGCAUACUGAAAAUAUUUCUUCCCAGAAUGUUGGCUGUUUGAACAGUGUAGAAUGGCCCUCUUUCUGAGAACCAGGGUGUGAAAAGAAUGGGGAGUAUGGGAAAGAAUCUUGUCCCUUUGUCCGUGCUCAAUGAAAUGCAGAAAAUAACAAACCUCGCUUCUCACUACAAAGCAGAUUUUUUUCAAACUUGUUCAGAUCAUCUAACAUGCCACUAAAAAUGUAUUGUUCAUCUGACAAUAUCCCUUCAUGCUCAAAAAUACUUCAAAUCUAAGUGCUGUAUGGUAGUAGUAGUUACUGCUAUUGAAAUCUAAUUGCAUAUUCGUAGGUAUCUUUUUCUAAAGCACUUUUCUCAAUGCCAUAAAUUAAUGUAUUUUGUUGUACAGUAAUACCUUUAUUAAAGUAGAUUAUAGUAAAUUC